AUGCCUCCACGAUUAGCCGUGGUUCACAACAACCGUCCUGACGUUGAGCGCGUUAUGCCCGCGUAUCAACGUGGAUUAGUUGAUAACUGCUUUGAGGAAGGUCAAUAUGAGGCCGGCAUCAUGGUUUUGGAUCAGCUUCGGUCUGCACGAUACAGACCUUGGGGACCGCACGUCCGUCAACUUGUAUACAUAGCCCUGUAUCCCCCACAGUCUCAUUCUGAAGCUCGCGGAUUGGGCAACGUCCGCUUUGAACCCGGCUCUUUGGGCAACCUACUUUCCGAGCAGCGGUUAUAUCCCUCCCCGUCGGACACUCAGGCCGCGCUGAACCUCCUCACUGCGUUUUCUGUGACUAACACGCCAGCUGCUAUCUUUUGUGCUCUGCCGCAUUAUCCGGCACCAUCAGGGGAUACCGCUACCUGUACUACUGUCGACAUGGGCGAAGAAGACGAGGACUCAGAAAUUUCCCGGCAGUCUCUCCGCAUUAGGAACGCAAAGGAUUGUUGGACUAUCCUGAAAGAAACGUUUGUGCAACGCAUUGUUGAAAAGCCUCCUUCCCCUAAGCGCAAGGGUAGAUCUCGAAAGCGUGCGGCACGCGAGGAUACAGCGUCACCGGCACAAGAGGACAACGCAGACCAUAGUCUCAAUCCUAUUAGUCAAUACGCAUGGCCAAUUCUCGACUGGAUCAUCGAUUUGUUGGAGAGAGAUGAGGUUGCAAUUGAGCGGAGCGGGCAACCGCGCCAUUCGCCCUUGUUAUUGACCCAGAUCCCCCCGCCCCGUACAACCACAGGAGGCCGCUGGGAUGUGGAAGUCAUCCUAGAGAUCAUUAUGUGUGCUUUCCAACAAACGGACGCAAAGCGGAGAUCAUUGGGCAUACGCCUGCUCGCAUUGUUGAUAAACCUUACCUCGACGACCCUGGUCGACUUGCCAAUGAUCCUGAAUGCAGUUAGCAACCAUAUCUCUUCUCUUCCGUCCGAUGGCAUCGCGGCACUUCUCGCAGCACUUCCACCUUCCAGGGCUGUCUUGCAAUUCAAGUUAGCUCUGUACAAGAGUCUUAUCACAGCUCACGUAGGCAACCUUGAUUCUACAGGAACCGAUAGUAGAUCCCAAGGAAGACUACAGCCUCGUCCAGUCCGCCGUGGACAAUCUAGUCUCUAUAACCAAGAUUCUUCGAUUCCGAAGCCUGCGACAGAACUGAAUUCAGUAUCAAUCACGCGGAAAUACGCAGUUAUGUCUCCAUCUGAAGCCCUCUCUCUCAUCAAGGACUCGGGUUCGCCAGGACUCCCAAGGCCUGAACUGGCUUCCCAAAUCAAGGUGGAGCUGGCACUUACGUACUGGAUGCUUCGAAGGCAGAUUGCGCAGGAGGACCCGAACGUGGAAUGGGACGAGCGCGUUCAGACGGAAGCGCUAUACAGUUGCGCAUCAAUCGCUGCGAAGACGGACGGUGACCUAACGGCGCGGGACUUGGACCAGCUGGGUAACAUGUUAUCGACUUGA